AGUCCAAUUUUCCCUUCCUAUAUAUACUUCGUGUUUUUCCAAUAAAGAAAAGGCAAGCUAACAUUCUAACUGGUGCACUAGCCAAGUUUAUCGACUUACAAUCUUCGACAAACUAACGGACCCGACAAUAGCCUUAUUAUUAAUCAACAUUUGGUGCCGUGUCCAGAUUUCUUCACUUUUACCAUUGAAGAAGAAGACGAAGAAGCAUUUAGAAAAAAAGAAAAUUACGUCAAUCGUCGAAUGUAUCACCAAAGCAGUAUGACUCACCGGAUCGAUCAAUCAAACACGUCUUGUUUUGAUUGUAUAUACAGGUAUCAUUAUACAAUUACCGCAUAUUCGCAUACAAUUUGUAUUAGCUGUGUACAUGCAGCAAUUGAGGAGAAGAUCCAGCUGCAAUUAGAAACAUUCAUUUGUCCUAGAUGUUCCAAUAAAGAAGAUUCAACACAGUUAAAUCCACAACAAUCAGUUGUUGAACCAUCAUCCAAAGCUCGUCAACGUAAUAAAAAUAAAACGGAAUCAGCUCAAAUUCUUCAUGCUCAAUUACAUUCUGUUCAACAUAAACAUGAACCAACACAAGUAAAUCAACUUCAACAACAAGAAUAUAUUCAAACACUUGAAUUACAAUUAAAACGUCUUACAGAAGAAAAUAUUCAUUUAAUUAAUACUGGAGCUUCAACAAAUGUUAAAAACCAAGUAUUAUGUGAACAAAUUAAAAAAUUAUCAAUUGAUAAUGCUAAUUUUGAAAAACAAGCACAUCCACAGUCUCUUCCAAAUGUGGAAAAAGACUUAAAACGUAUCGAAGAAAUACUUCAUGAACAAUUAAAUGAAAGUCAAACAUCAUAUUUACAUGAAAUCGAUCAAUAUAAACGUCGCAUUGCACAACUUGAAACUGAUAAUGAACAAUUUGAAAAAGAAAUCUAUCAAUUAAAACAAACAAUUGAUUUAAAUCAACAAAAAGAACAUGAAUAUAAUGAUUUACAACAACAAUUAACUAAAGAAAUUGAAGAAUAUAAAAAACAAAUUGAUCAUUUACAAAUUCAAUAUCAAUCUCAAAAGAAUAAAUUUAGGCAAGAAAUUGAACGACUUGAACAAGAAAAAAUAUCCGAACAACAUCAAUAUGAAGAAUCUCUAUAUAGUAAACUUGCAGAAAAACAUAUUCAAAUCGAUGCAUUGCGCACAGAACUUGAUGAAACUAAAGGAAGAAAUGAUUCUACAUUUUCACAAUUAGAUGAACGUCUUCAAUCAAAACGUGAUGGAAGUCAAUUACUUAAUAACAUUCAAUAUUUUGGUCAAUAUCUUUCAUCGUCUCGACAUAUAUUUGAAUCGACCAUCGAAUCAAGCAAACAAACUUUAUCAACAACAGUGACAACAAAUAAACAUGAUAAUAAUCAACGUCAUAUACAAACAAAUAACGCUAUCCUUAUUCUUAUGAUCUUAAUGAUUCAACACACAAAGAGUCAACUACAAUCUACGGCGAAUCUUGUUAUAGGAUCAACCGUGGUUCAUCACAAACAUAUAUUAUGGAUUUUGAACUACCCAAUUCUUACCAUGCGAGUCGACUUCUAA